UAAACUACACCAUUCCUUAGUCGACGUCGACCGGAAUCCGGUGCUUUUAUUAUCGCCCCAGCUUUUUUGUGCCUUCAAUAUUGUAACCGAAUCUCGACAGUUUUUUCACACGUAGCAAACACACCUACAAGUAUUUACUUGAAUAUUUUAAAAAAAGUAUUAAUUUCUUUCCAACUAAUUAAAUCCAAAUACAAACCGGUCCCAUUUACACUCUUUCUUGUGACAAUCAUUGCAAGUGUUAGGCAUAAUAAUCAAGAAUGGUUGAAGAUUGUGCUGAACCUGUCGCAAGCAAGCUUUUCGAUGAGAAUAAUAAGGAUAAGUGCGGACACGUGGAUGAUGCAAAAUGGAUUUUUCAAUCGUUGAACUUGAAAAAAUAUCAGUCAUUCUCAUCGAAUACCAAGAAUCGCUACAGGAGCCAAAGUAUAAUUUUCCUAUACAAUUUCUUACUGACAUUCCUCAUUCUUGUGUUUCAAAGGAGUGCUUGUGAUGCCGCGGAUGUCACAGAUACAACCCGAUUGCGAAAGGACUUGCUGAAUGGUUACGACAAAAACGCUCGACCGGCUCAAAAUCAUAACAAUGUUACCAAUGUCAAGUUUAACAUUUACCUGAAAGGAUUUGAUUUUAACGAACAACGAUCAACCUUCACAUUAUAUGCCUGGUCAGUUUUGACAUGGAAAGACGAGCAUAUAAAAUGGGACCCUAAAUUAUAUGGGAAUUUAAGUCGUCUUCAUUUCGCUGCCCACGAAUUAUGGCUUCCUGAUUUAUCCGUCUUCAACAAUUUGGACAAGAGCGAGAUUGAUCACUUCGGGAACACGAGGAUUAUAGCGUAUAGCACAUCGACACUUGUCUGGGUCCCACCAACCAAAUUUCAAGUCGGAUGCACAAACGACCUUCGAAAUUGGCCGGUGGACUAUGCAACAUGUUUCGUUGUUAUUGGAAGUUGGGCCCACGAUGGUUCCAUGCUGAAUCUUAGACUGCCUGUGAAUCAGACUUUGAUGGACACAUCCGAUUUGCUGAAAAAUAGGGAAUGGAAAUUGAUUGGUAACGGAAUGACGAAGAGAGAUCAUUAUUUUGAAUGCUGCCCAGGAGUCCCGUUUCCAGACAUUUUAUUGACAUUUGUUCUUGCGCGAGAAAGUGCGACACACAAAGCCGCCAUUGUUGUUCCAGGUUUAGCAAUCGCGAUGGGAUGUUUGAUCGCAUUUUGGAUGCGACCCAGUGCUACGGAAAGAAUUGUCCUUUUGCUUGCGUGUGUCAUUAACAACACGAUGUAUCUCAGCUACAUCUACAGAUCACUUCCUAACAAUGGGGACAAUGUUCCACUAGUUUUGCUCUUCUAUCGAGACUCUCUUAUGAUGGUGUCUGUCGCAUUGAUUUGGACGGUCUGCCUCCGCUACUUGGCCGCAUCGAGACGAACGUCGCCAGUACCACUUCCUGGUUUUAUUCAGACCUUCCUAUCCAGCAUUCCGGCCAAGAUAUUGUGCUUGGAUCCUCGACCAACCCAAAGUUCGUCGCAUGAAAACAGCAACAAUGAUGCGAGAGGAGCUGGCGGUGGGGAGUCCGGAGGAACGACGGAUACUGGAAAAUUGGUAGCAACCACAAAUCCAUAUCAAGAAGACUGGGCCUGGCUGGCACAUCUUUUCGACAGGGUGGCUUUCCUCCUCUACUUUGUGCUCUACAUUUGUUUUUAUCUGGCUUUAUUGUAAAUCUAUAGAUAUACAAUUGUGCUUAUGUGUGGGUUAGAAACUGUAAACCAGCGUAGGGGAACAAACCUAAGGAAAUUUCAAAUCUAAAUCAGAUGCGUCAUUAUUAUAAAUGAUUUUUGUAGUUUUUGCAGCGUGAUAUACAUAACAUGAAGCCCAAAAUGUCCAAACAAUGAUGACGUCAUGUUUAUUGAUUUACAACAAUACUAUAAUUGCUUUGAUUAUUUUACAAUAUUUAUAAUAUUAUUGAAUCAAUUGUGGUGCGAAAUUGUAAACCUUUUACCAUUAAAUGUUAAAAAAUUGUAAACUCUCAUUAUCUAUCACAUACAUCGUUGCAAUUAAUAAAUAAGUUGCUAUUAUUAGUACA